AUGAACUCUUCCUGUUGCCUGUUCUCUGCUUAUCCGAUGCUGCCUAACCUCUCAGAGCAUCCUGCAGCCCCUUCUGCCAGCAACCGGAGCGGCAGUGGGUUCUGCGAGCAGGUCUUCAUCAAGCCGGAGGUCUUCCUGGCACUGGGCAUCGUCAGCCUGAUGGAGAACAUCCUGGUGAUCCUGGCUGUGGUCAGGAACAGCAACCUGCACUCCCCCAUGUACUUCUUUCUCUGCAGCCUGGCUGCAGCCGACAUGCUGGUGAGUGUGUCCAACUCCCUGGAGACCAUCAUGAUCGCCAUUAUCAACAGCGACUCCCUGACCUUGGAGGACCAGUUCAUCCAGCACAUGGACAACAUCUUCGACUCUAUGAUCUGCAUCUCCCUGGUGGCCUCCAUCUGCAACCUCCUGGCCAUCGCCGUGGACAGGUAUGUCACCAUCUUCUAUGCCCUUCGUUACCACAGCAUCAUGACCGUGAGGAAGGCCCUCACCCUGAUCGUGGCCAUCUGGGUCUGCUGUGGCAUCUGCGGUGUGAUGUUCAUCAUCUACUCCGAGAGCAAGAUGGUCAUCGUGUGCCUCAUCACUAUGUUCUUCGCCAUGGUGCUCCUCAUGGGCACCCUGUACAUCCACAUGUUCCUCUUUGCCAGGCUCCACGUCCAGCGCAUUGCUGCGCUGCCGCCGGCUCACGGGGUGGCCCCGCAACAGCACUCGUGCAUGAAGGGGGCUGUCACCAUCACCAUCCUGCUGGGGGUGUUCAUCUUCUGCUGGGCACCUUUCUUCCUCCACCUGGUCCUCAUCAUCACCUGCCCCACCAACCCUUACUGCAUCUGCUACACGGCCCAUUUCAACACCUACCUGGUCCUCAUCAUGUGCAACUCUGUCAUCGACCCCCUCAUCUACGCCUUCCGUAGCCUGGAGCUGCGCAAAACAUUCAAGGAGAUUCUCUGCGGCUGCAAUGGCAUGAACUUGGGCUAG